CCACCAUCUGAGCCCCUCUCCAGGGCGUCCUCGGAGCCGUCUGUGGGCCAUAGGCGUCCCCCACGCUCGCCCACCGGGCUCCCAGCCUGCCCAGCCAAGCCCCUCACUCAGGACCCCUCUUCCACCCAGGUCCUCCUCCUCGAGUUGCGGGAGCCCCUGGGCUGCCCCCCGUUGUGCUUCCCUCUACUCAGGGCCUGGAGAAUAGAUCCCAUCUGGAUCAAACCUCUCCCUGGUCAGGUGCCCCAGGUCACCCCCCCACAUUGGGUCGGUCUGGGCUACUAGCAGCCGCCCCGUCCCUCACGCGGCAGGGGGAAGAUGCCCGAGCAAAGCAACGACUACCGCGUGGUGGUGUUCGGCGCGGGCGGCGUGGGCAAGAGCUCACUGGUGCUGCGCUUCGUGAAGGGCACCUUCCGCGACACGUACAUCCCCACCAUCGAGGACACCUACCGGCAGGUGAUCAGCUGUGACAAGAGCGUCUGCACGCUGCAGAUCACGGACACCACCGGCAGCCACCAGUUCCCGGCCAUGCAGCGCCUGUCCAUCUCCAAGGGCCACGCCUUCAUCCUGGUCUUCUCGGUCACCAGCAAGCAGUCGCUGGAGGAGCUGGGGCCCAUCUACCAGCUCAUCGUGCAGAUCAAGGGCAGCGUGGAGGACAUCCCCGUCAUGCUGGUGGGGAACAAGUGUGAUGAGACGCAGCGGGAGGUGGACACCCGCGAGGCCCAGGCCCUGGCCCAGCAGUGGAAGUGCGCCUUCAUGGAGACCUCGGCCAAGAUGAACUACAACGUCAAGGAGCUCUUCCAGGAGCUGCUGACGCUGGAGACCCGCCGCAGCAUGAGCCUGAACAUCGACGGCAAGCGCUCCAGUAAGCAGAAGCGGACAGACCGCAUCAAGGGCAAGUGCACCCUCAUGUGAGCCGCCGCCCGCCGCCCGCCCCGCCGCCUCCGCCCGCGCCUCCUCCUGCUCCUCCACUCUCCCGUCUGCCUCUCGGCUGGGGAAACCGAGGCUGCCUGGCCAGCGGGCGGCAGGGCUGGGCUCCCCGGCCCCUCACAUCGCUAUGCCCUCCUUCCCCACCCGCCCCCUGCCCUGUCUGGGCCCCCACAGCCAAGCGGCCCCUCAAUCCACGGGGUGGGGGGAGCAGGGAGCCAGAGGAGCUGCGCGUCCCAGCGGGGACCAGAGAGGCCAUCUCUCCUCCACCGCCACCGAGGACCCAUCUCUGUCCCCCACCCUGAGUGUCCCCAGCCAGAUCCGUGCCCCUCCCCCCCUUUGAUCACUGUGACCUUCCGGGGGAGGGGCGUCCAAGUGCACAUGGACCUCAGAGUGUUUUGUUUUUCUCUUCUUGGUGUUCGACAUGCAGCCAGUCUCACCCAGACCCUCAUGACCUCUGACCUGUGCCCCCUCCCUGGGCCCCUGGAACACCCAUCCUGUCCCUGUCCACUCACCUUGGUGGAGGGGCCCGUGGGAUGGGCCUCAGGCCACCAGGCAAUAACCAUGGGGCCUGUAGGGGCACCCCUGCCAGCCCUAGUAGCACCCCUCGACCAGCAGACAGCCACAGCACAACCCCUGCGACUGUCCAGCCAGGACUGCCCGAGGGGCAGGUGGGCCCUGGGGCCUGGACACUGUGCCCUGGGGAUGUGCCCUUCCUUUGAGGCACAGAUGCUGGAGUGGUGGUGCUGGGCCUGGGCACUGAGCGCAGGGUGCCCGUCAGCUAAGGCCCCGUCCAGAGGGGGCGAUGGCACUCCACACCAGCAGGACCUGAGGGGGCUCCAGGUGGAAGGCUGCCCUGUCCCCUCCUCCACCCACUGGGCCAGUGACAGAGCCCCAGGAAGCAUUGCCCCAGUCUGGUGUACCUGCAGCCUCAAGGUUCGGGGUGUCUCUGUGAGACAGUCUGGGCCACUCCACUCACGGGACUCCCCGGGGGCCGUGUCCUUCAGGAAGGACACUGCGGGAGGGUGCGUGGGUGGUGGUGCCUGUGCGUGUCUGUCGUUGGGACGGCGUGUCUGCAGCCUGCGUGAAGCGAAGGUGUAGUGCGUGUGGCGUGGACGGUGCCCGUGUGUGGGGCCGGCUGAGGGGUGUCUGCUGAAUCGUCUGCCCGUAUUUGCACAGUUGUCUUGGGGUGCACGACGUGGUCUAUCUGUGAACCUGUUAUUCUCACUCUCUGAGGGUCACCUGUCCACUCUCGUCUGUGGCAAGCUGACUUGUGGCUGCAGGACAGACUGGACCCCGGCUGGUGCUGCGCAGCAGGCCAUUGCCAGGGCAGCCACCCGGAGCUCCACACGCCACCACCUCACUGUUCCCGGGUCAGCCCGGGUGGGGGGCCAGAUCCCACUCAGGGCUCACGAGGCCGCGCUCCCAGUGUUGGCCGGGCUGGGGUCAGCUGAAGGCCCGGGGGGAUGUGCUGCCCGACUCCCGUGGACUCCUCAGCAUUCCGUGCCGAGGGGUUGAGAUGUGGCAGCCAAGCGUGCGAGGGAGAGAGUGGUCCCCCGAGGCGGACGCACCGCGGGUCGGGGUGGGAGACUGUGUGCAUGCGCGGGACGGGAGGGGGCGCAGGAUGCAGGAGGCCUCUCUGUGGCUGACUGCUUUCCUCUGUGUUCCUGUGGCUCCUGAGUGGUUCCUGGCACGCUUGGAGAGGUGUGAGUGUGUGGACCUGGGCGUGCGAGGCUGCGGGUGUGACAGGGCUCCCCUGCCCCAGUCAGUGGUAUUGUCUGAGCAUAGCUGAGCUCUGACCCUUCAGCUGGCCCAGGGCCCCCAGCAGCUGGUGUCACCAUGGCCCCUGCCUGGACAGGGGUCUCAGCCCUUUCUCAGGGACAUGCCCUGAUAGCACAAUCUCCCUGGGGCCCGCCUGCCCGUCCCCAGGCCUCUCCAGCCCCGGGCCCUGCCCCCGCUGGGGAGAGGGACUCUGCAAUAGGAGGGGCCGAGCCGCCCUGACUGCCGCCCGCCCGCCUGCCCGGGCAUCCUGGUGCUGGGGACCUGCCAGGCCAUGCUCGCUGUGACCCUGCCCCUCCCCCCGCAUGUGGGAACCCCGCCCCCUGUGGGGUCUGUGUCGCACUCGCUCAUAUAGACAUAGUCUUCCUGCAAUAAAGAAGUGGAUCCUGUGUUCUCCC